GAUCAGCUGAUCAGAGGAGAUUGAAUGGCGGAUGAAAACAUGGUCGAGUUUUCUGUUCAACCACAAGAAAAUAAUAAAGAAAACGAGGAAAACGAAAUGGAGGUUGAAAACGAAGACGAUACUACCGUCAGCGAAGAAGAAUUUCAAGCUUUAAACAAGCAACUUGAUCAGCUCAAUUCUGCCCUGGACAAUUUAGAAAAGAAGAAUGACAACAUCCACGCCGAAUUAAUCGAUUUGCUCGAGUCAAAUCGAGAAGUCCGAAAGCAGAUUCAAGAAUCUAGCCAACAGUAAUUAAUUAUGAUAAUCUUUAAAUAAUUUUAGUGACAAUUUCCCUGUAGAUAUAUAAAAAAUCUAUGAAAUGUAGAUGGAAAAGAAACUGUUAUAUUUUAUUCUACAAAAUUGUAUCUCGCAAAAUAUGGUUACAAAAUUUCGAGACAACUUUUGAUUAUUAAGAGAGAUUCAACAUAUUAUUGAUUAGAAUGUUAGAUUUAUUUAGAAUUUAAAGGUUCUACAUAAAAGACAGCAACGCCAGAAAUGCAAAGUAGAUAAUUAAAGUUAUAAAUAUACUAGAAAAAAAAUAGAAAUUUGAACAAAUUUUCUGAAUAUUUGUUCGGAUCUGCUGCAAAGAGCAAAACAUUUUUGAGAAUUUCUGAAUCAAUUAAUAGAAAUAUAUUUGAUUCUUGUUUAGAAAUUAUAGCUUCACCCCUGAAUUUUUCUCUAAUUUAAUAUCGAUACUACAAGGAAUUAUGUUCCUUAUCAUAUCUGGUUUCAAUAUAACAGCGACUGAAAUUACAGCACAAGGUGUGUAAUUUAAUAAAGGUGUCUUUGCAGCAGAAAAUUUUUUAGGUUCGGUAGCGUUCGCGACAUAUUUUCUCUCCAUUCCUGAAAAAUGGCAUUUUAAUUUAAUCUAAUUUUAAUUAUAAUUAGUGUCUACAUUCUCGAGAUUGUAAUGUAUAUAUGAGUGCCAAACUUGAUUCAAAACAUUUGUCUUUCGGCAAAAGCCGAAGCAGGAUGGUCUUUUGCUGUGAGAAAAAAAAAUAAAUGUAAAAUGUUGCA